AUGAGCUCCAGCUCCGUAGUCUAUGACAGCGACACAGCUAGCGACGAACGACCUCCAUCGCAACCCACAAGAACCAAGAUUCAUGCAAAUUUCAAAGUGGCCCGCCCGCCCCCAAAAUCAUCACUCCGUCUGGCCCCAAAGCUCCUCCUGCAAAUCCAACAAGUUGCGGUCAAUCAUCGCCCAGUCCCGGUUUUAGAAAUAUGGCAACCACCUUUCCGCAAAUCAAAACUCACGCGGGAAUUUCCCCAGCGGCCUAAAUUAAGAUCUGGGGAUAUCUACGUGACCAGCAAUGAACCUUAUAUGAUGCAUACCAAUUCAAUCCGAAAGGACUCGACCAAUUCCUCUGAGAGUGAAGAGGAUUGCAAUACUCCGCAUAGGGACAUUAUUGCAGCUUUGUGUCAAUCAUCGACCGGCGAGACGCCGGCAUCAUCUAUUUACUUUCGCAAUGCCCGGUCUAGUUGGCAAGGCAGUGUGGGUACGGCAGGAUCGGAGAAGACGCCAUGUUACCGAUUUACUAUUAGGAAUGAUCAGGAGGGGGAUCAAGAUUCUGGAAACCGCGGAAGGAUGAUCUUGCAGUGGGAAAAGAGAAGUUCAACGGGAAAAGAUAAUGGGCCUGAUUCGGACCAAUUCGUCUUGUUCUUGAUUGAUCGGACUGCGAGGAGGAAAAGUCGCCUUGCCACGAUGACAAGGGGCGGAUUGGAGAUUCUUGUGCGAAAGAGCUCUAUCAUGGAGCACCUCCAAAUAUGCAUGGAUUUAACGGAUCCUCUACCGGCUACAGGCGAUGCUAGUGCCCGCGAGGCAUUGGAGGCAUGGUUAUACACAGAGAUCCUCACGCUGGGCGUGUGGGUUGCUCAACAAGAAGGAUGGCAUGGACUGGCUUCAUGA